AAAAGAACUCUGGCUAUAGUAAGCAAGCUCGUUGCCAAGUGUGUCUCCUGCUCACGCCCCUCUAACCGACCUAUCCAAACAUGCCCCUCCUCGUUCAAACUACAUUUCCCAGAAUGCCACCGCUCUCUUCGUUUUCCUGCCUCAAUGUAGCUAACGUUAACCUCCUCGGGUCGUUGACAGCAGUAGUAAGGGCAUAAAUAAGACAGCAUGGACGAUGCCACUCACCUAAAGUCACUGCAGAGCUGAUGGUUAUGAGAAACCUGUCGUAACACCAGGAGACAUUUUUAGAAAGACACUUAAUAUUUCCACAGCGGUGUCGACGAGAUAACAUUAACGUUGUUUCAGUGAGCUAACAGCUAGCUCACGUUACUUAACCUGCUAACUUGGAAAAAGCAUCUGAAAAACCUACUAGAAACUCGAAACAACGGACGAAGUGAAGGAUAUACAUGUAUCAGACUUAUUUGUGAUGGUGUCUAAUGUUUAAGCUGUGAGAUUCUGGUGUUGCUAUCCCUGUCUGCAGGAGUUGAAUUCAUGAGCACGUUUAGUGACAGCAGUGCGUAGUCCUUCGGGGAUGGGGAGUGGAGUCCAGGAGCAACGGGCAUCACUCACACAGGGAGACGUGCUGCCGCUGGCUUCCCCUAGUCCGUCAGAAAAGAGCAAUGAGGACCUGCAGCAGACGCGCUCUGUCCUCAACUCGCUCUUCUCUGGAGCCUUAGCGGGCGCUUUGGCCAAGACAGCUGUCGCCCCACUGGACAGAACCAAAAUCAUCUUCCAAGUGUCUUCAGAUAGAUUCUCUGCUAAGGAGGCCUACCGGUUGAUCUACCGCACCUACCUGAAGCAUGGCUUCUUCAGUCUGUGGAGGGGGAACUCCGCCACCAUGGUGCGAGUCAUCCCAUACGCUGCCAUCCAGUUCUGUGCACACGAGCAGUACAAGAGGAUGCUGGGAGGCUACUACGGCUUUCAGGGGAAAGUUCUGCCUCCGAUCCCAAGGUUACUGGCCGGGUCGAUGGCUGGUUCCACGGCAGCCAUGCUGACUUACCCUCUGGACAUGGUGCGAGCCAGGAUGGCUGUAACGCCGAAAGAAAUGUACAGUAACAUCCUGCACGUGUUUGUUCGGAUAUCCCGAGAAGAGGGCCUGAAGACUUUGUACCGAGGCUUUGCUCCCACCAUGCUGGGAGUUAUUCCCUAUGCUGGACUUAGCUUCUUUACCUAUGAGACACUGAAGAAAGUACAUGCAGAGCGCACUGGGCGCCCACAUCCCUACUCGUAUGAGCGCCUGGCGUUUGGAGCCUGUGCAGGACUUAUUGGCCAGUCGGCCUCUUACCCUCUGGAUGUGGUACGGAGGCGCAUGCAGACUGCGGGCGUCACUGGCCACACGUACGGCACCAUCCUGGGCACCAUGAAGGACAUUGUAGUCGAAGAAGGGGUCAUCCGCGGACUCUACAAAGGUCUCAGUAUGAACUGGGUCAAAGGGCCCCUCUCGGUGGGGAUUAGCUUUACUACCUUUGACAUUACUCAGAUUCUCCUGAAGAAGCUGCAUGAGAUGGGCUAUACGGGUCGAUAAUAGCGAUACAGAGUGGGAAAUUGGGGAUAGGUGGACGACGUGUUCCCAGUUGAACCCUCUGAAGAGAAGGGAAGUUUAGGGUGACCAUCGUGUACACACACUGGCUCAGAAUGCGUUAUAUUAAUGUAUUCUCUCACGUUAUCGGUGUGCAGCAGGGGAUAUAAGCGUGUGGUCUGUGGGACGAUACACACUGUUGUGAUUUACAGCUAAGUGCAAUAUGCGCAAUGAUUUCCUGUAUGUUUGUGUGUACACAUAAACCAUAACGCUCCUGCCCUGGUGGACCUGUCAAUCUUAAAGUUAAGAGGUACACACACACACACACACACACACACACACACACACACACACACACACACGCACACACACUGGAGUCUCCCACCUGCCUUGUGUGUCUGCUAAAAACAGACACCUUUCAAUGCAUUUAUUUUUUAACUUUUCACGCUGCAUUUGAUAAGAGUAAAAUAAGCCCCCUUAAGAUUAGUUUGUUGUGCGUGUGUUUGUUUUAAGGAAUUAUACCAAAGGAAAGUAUAUAAGAUAGUUAUAGUACAUUAUAUGAGGUUAGUGGCGUAUUUUUAAGCACAAAAGUUUUCAGAGUAAAGAACAAAAAUCAUGCCUAGCACCGAGCACAGGAAAUGGCAUUGUUGCUGCCAUCACAUUGGUCAGUUUUAGUUUGGGUUGAAUUUAUUGAAAUCACUACGAGUCCAGUAUCUACAAGAGGAGCGCCCUAAAGAUUGACAUAAGACUAACCAGUGCCAACAGAUAUGAAGUAUAAAGAGUGCCCUUAUGAUUUUGUUUGUUUGCACUGUGAUCUAUAAUGGGGUUUUUAAAAUAUUGUGAUGUAAAUGUUUGUUGUUUGAAGUACUAAUACAGAUGUUUUGACAGAUUUAUGUACCAGUUUGGCAAAUAAGCUGAAGUAAACAUCCUACAGUUUCAUUUAACGCACGUCAAGCAGUUUAAUACAACAUAUACAGCUCAGUGGGAACACACUAAUGUAACCCCAGACUACAGCCCUGCAAUGAACGCUGCCUUCAUGAGGAUAACAAUGUGCUGUUGUUGACGCUAUAUGCGAAGUGUUGCUUUAAGUUCAGUAAGCUUCUAGCCGUGUUGUUUUGGAUAACGAUCCAUUGAGGUGUUUCUCAUAUACACACAGUCACAUAUAGAUAUACACGUGUUGUCUUUUCUGUGCUGUAGGGUUGACCGCUGCAGGGGUUUUUGUUUAAACAUGGCACAAGUUGUAGAGGUGUAGCAGUGUUCACUAAUGAACUAGCUGACUUGAAUUAUGCACAACCGCCCGGUGAAGAGAUCAUUUUAGUUUCUUGUAUGGGGAAUGAUUUGGUACAUGUUAGUGUUUUCUGUAUUGUCCUUUACCUCAGCGGAAAAGUGAAAUGGUCAUUCAUUUCCCCAUAUGAACUGGUGAAGAAAGUGGGACUAGCUGCGUAGUUUUCCGAAUGAAUGUUAGACAGUGUGAAUCGUAUGGACGGAAGAUCAUGGACGGAGUGGUUGAAGAGUGGCAAUAGUUUCUAUCCUUAGACCGCAUACCGAGAGCUGAGACAGCAGCUGAGUGCAGGAAAGAGUCGUCGUAGUCCGAAUGAACAGGAAGCUUCUCUGGGAAACUGGUGUGAGGAUAUCCAACUACUUUGAAUGACUAAGAUACUCAAAUAACAAUAUUUUAAUAUUGUUUUACCUCUAGAACUUCACUAAUUACGUUUCAAUAGCCAAUGUUUUGUGUUUUAUUUAAAAUAUUGAUUGAUUAUCAAUAGGAAUGUAUUAUUGUUAACUAAUCAGCUGAUUCUAGGUUUUAGGACUUGUUAUCAUUUACAUAGUUUUUAGGGAAAUGCUAAACAUGACCUCUCCUCGGUUGUCUCUUAAAGGAAUACAAAUACUUUAACAAACUAUUAAAGUUAAACAAAAACCUCCUGGUCACCUGAUCGCGGUGAUACAUUUGUUUUAGUGGUACUGGUUUUAAUAUCAGAUAGUGAUCUUGCUUUCUUAAUGGGAUAUAAGUGUUGCGGGCAUUUUGAUCAAUGACAACUUGAAACGUAUUCUGACUGAAGUGCUGAACAAUGCUGCAAAGUAGAGACUGAAGCUGAAUGAAGGGUAGUUACUCAUAAGUGCCUAGCAAGGGAUAGUAAUGUUUUACUAUGACUGCGCUACUUCUACUAACCUUUUUGAAGGUUGCUUCCAUUUUCUGUCCUUUGCUUCAGUCUUCAGUAAUAAAUAUUUUAGAAGCAGCAGAUGAUUUGAAGUUUGGGGCUCGACCUCUGUUACUGAAUGUAUUACUUCAGGUCAGUUUUUGUACGUGAUUUUGUAAAACAUUUAAACUGCCUUGCCGUGUUUUGCUGUUUUACGUGAGAUGCAUGAUCCUGGCUCCCUAACAGAUCAAUCCAUUCCAAACAGUGUUGACCUAAUUCAUAUGGAGCUAAAUCUGGGCCAAAAGAUUUCAUUAUUCUGAAAAAUAAAAUGUAUUUGAUAGUUCAGGUUUUGAUCCUGAACUUUGAAAAAUACAAUGAUGUAUUCAAACAAAGAAUACAUACAAUUCCACUUAUGAUUCCAAGCCCCUCUCAGGUUAGCCCCACCCCCCACACAUCAGUGCCAAAAGUCUGAAAGCAAAAAAAACAUGAGAAAGAAAAUCUGUUAUAAUUUCUGCAUCUGAAAAAAGAAUUGAAUUCUCAAAAUAUAAAUAAAUGUGAAAAUAAAUACCAAAAAUAACAUGACUACUUUUUGUUUGAAUACAUCAUUGUAUUUCUCUUACACAUUUUAUUUUUUGAAUGAAACUUUUGUCCCAGAUUUAGCUCCAUAAAUGUAUAGGUUAUUCGUAACCUGAUAUGAAUUGAAAGAUUGUUCUAAUGUUAUCAUCUCCCUGUUGAUCAAAGCAGGUAGGUGAUGAAAAACAUUGCAAUAGGAAAGGUUCACGAGAAGCUUGGUAAAACCCCAGACAAUCACGAAAAGCCAAAAAAUUCAUUUUCAAACAAAAGGUAAUUCCGUUUUUGUUGCAGACCUGACAGUGGCCUAAUGAGAAUUUUGAAACACUACUACAUCAAGAGCUGAUCAAAUGUGACUCUUUGUUUCAACCCAUUUGUAAUACUAGACGUGCAGACAUACGAUUGUACUGUUUUUGCAUGUUGCAAAAAGAUCACCUUUUUUUCCGUGCAGCAAUAAUACGACGGCUGUUUUGUAAAUCCUAGUGGUUUGUGCCAACUGAAUGUAAAAGUAGCUACUAAUACCCGUCCCUAUUGAGUCUCUAGUGAUGAUGGUGUAUCUGUAGGAACAUUUUGAAAUAUCCAAUUCUGAAAUAAAACUGGAUGUUAACAACA